AUGAUCUCUACAGAAUCUGAUUUGCGGAGACAGCUGGAUGAGAAUGUUAGAAGUGAAGCUGAUGAAUCAACGAAAGAAGAAUGUCCCUACAUAAAUGCUGUUCAAAGUCACCACCAAAAUGUUCAAGAAAUGAGCAUCAUUAUAUCACUAGUUAAGAAUAUGAAUGAUAUGAAAUCGAUUAUAAGUAUUUUCACAAAUAGAAAUAUCAAUAUUCUUCACAUUGAAAGCAGAUUAGGAAGGCUGAACAUGAAAAAACAUACGAAAAAAUCUGAAUUUGAACCACUGGAGUUAUUAGUUCAUGUUGAAGUUCCAUGUAUAGAAGUUGAGAGGCUGUUGGAAGAACUGAAGUCUUUUUCAUCUUAUCGUAUUGUUCAAAAUCCUCUAAUGAACUUACCUGAGGCAAAGAAUCCAACUUUAGACGAUAAAGUACCUUGGUUUCCAAGACACAUUUCUGACUUAGAUAAAGUCUCAAAUAGUGUUCUGAUGUAUGGAAAGGAAUUGGAUGCAGAUCAUCCGGGUUUCAAAGAUAAGGAAUACAGAAAACGUCGAAUGAUGUUUGCUGACAUAGCUUUAAAUUAUAAAUGGGGUCAACAAAUACCUAUUGUUGAAUACACAGAAAUCGAGAAAACAACCUGGGGACGUAUAUACCGUGAACUAACUCGCUUGUAUAAAACUUCAGCUUGUCAUGAGUUUCAAAAAAAUUUAGGAUUACUUCAAGAUAAAGCCGGAUACAACGAAUUCGACCUGCCUCAGUUACAAGUGGUAUCAGACUUUUUGAAAGCACGCACAGGAUUUUGUCUUCGACCAGUUGCAGGUUAUCUGUCUGCACGUGAUUUCUUGUCAGGUUUGGCAUUUCGCGUAUUCUAUUGCACUCAAUACAUACGUCAUCAGGCUGAUCCAUUUUAUACACCAGAGCCUGACUGCUGUCAUGAACUGUUGGGUCAUGUACCUAUGUUAGCUGAUCCAAAGUUUGCACGAUUUUCACAAGAGAUUGGUUUGGCUUCUUUGGGUACAAGUGACGAAGAAAUAAAGAAAUUAGCCACUUGCUACUUUUUCACCAUUGAAUUUGGUCUCUGUCGACAAGAUAACCAACUGAAAGCUUAUGGUGCCGGUUUGCUCUCAUCUGUUGCUGAACUACAGCAUGCUUUAAGUGACAAAGCUGUGAUUAAACCAUUCAUACCCAUGAAGGUUAUUAACGAAGAAUGCCUUGUUACAACAUUUCAAAACGGAUAUUUUGAAACUUCUUCGUUUGAAGAUGCAACACGUCAAAUGAGAGAAUUCGUACGCACUAUUAAGCGACCAUUCGAUGUUCAUUAUAACCCUUACACACAAAGCAUUGAAAUAAUAAAAACUCCUAAAUCAGUGGCGAAGCUUGUUCAGGAUUUACAAUUUGAACUCACUGCAAUCAACGAAAGCCUUCUUAAAAUGAAUAAAGAAAUUAGAAGUCAGCAAUUCACAACUAAUAAAAUCGUAACCGAGAACCGAUCAAGCUAGUAUCGUUCUUGAAAGAACUUCAUUUAUCAACUUGGUUAUCAGACGAAAUUACGUUUUUGCUUUAUCGUCAACAUAUUUAUUAGUCAUCGUUACUUCUGUAAGUGCUUUAUCACAAUUUAUCAUAUAUUCAUUGAACAUUUCGCUUUGAAUUUCCUAAUUAUUCGUUGUGCUUCAUUCAUAUAAUAUGCAACGAUUAGUGUUUUCUGUACGCUUGGUAGUAUCUAUAUUAUAUUUGAAGUUCAGUUUUUGUUCUGAUAUAUAUAAUCGAAUUGUUAAUUACCAGUUUACAUUAACAACUGAGAUCAACACAUAUGCCACUGAAUCCAAAGAGCACAUGACAGGCGUCUCACACUUUCGAAUAGAUCAUGAUUUUAUACAGUAUUCGACAUCAACAUUCAUGUCUCUCAUCGUACUCAAUAUCAUCCAGCACUGAACAGGCCAUCAGUAUGAAACCCAUUGAGCACAGAUGCAACAGUUUGAUUUGAAUUACUUUAUGAGGUACUAAGGAUUGAUUUUCAGUAUACCCUCACAUAUGCUCACAGCUUAAUAAUAUCGAUCUAUCCCAUGCGUCCAUCGAGUCAAUUACUGCUUGAUUGCCUAAAGUAAAUACGUCCAUCUUUCAUAAUCAGUUAGCUUGCUUCACAAUCAAUUAUUUGCUCUGAAAAACUGCUAAAUCCGGUUUCCGUUUAAAGAGUCUAGUUUCCUGUACCAAAAUGUACAUGACAUCUUGAAGAUACUGAGUGUCUCAUAUGGUAGAUGAUCUUCCAGAGGUUAUCCGAGAAUCUACUGGAUCUGUUUACUAAUCUAUUAACUCACACAAAUAAGUCCCAUAAAUUAAUGAGUUUUUUAAUCCUUAUUGUGAGAUAAUCACUGUG